AUGUUCAAGUCGAAAACCCCAUACUUUGGCCUCCGAGGAGGAUGGCUCACGUUCUGGAUCACAUUGGCCUGUGGUGCAGAUAUGACUCUCUACGGGUACGAUCAAGGAGUUUUCAGUGGAGUCGUCAUUUCAGAAGAUUUUUUGCGACUGCACGGUCUUGAGGGUCCGACCCAUACAACACUUCUGGGCACUGUAACCGCCAUCUAUGAUGUGGGUUGCUGUCUCGGUUCAAUUCUUGCCUACUGGCUGGGAGAGCGGCUUGGCCGCAGGAACACUGUCAUCGUGGGCACGAUUGUCAUGUCUAUCGGUGCCCUUUUGCAGGCCUCAUCCUAUAGCGUGGCGCAAAUGAUGACGGGUCGAAUUAUUGCUGGAAUUGGCAAUGGUCUGAAUACCUCUACUGCACCAAUUUGGCAGGUCGAGACAUCCAAGGUUCAGUGGCGAGGAAAAUUGGUUAUCCUUGAGAACUGCCUCGUUCUCGUUGGCUUUUCUCUUGCCAACUGGCUCAACUAUGGUCUUUCAUUCGCCAGCGGUCCGGUCUCCUGGCGCUUCCCCUUGUCCUUCCAGUUUCUAUUCAACAUAAUUCUGUUUUGUACUGUUCCGUGGCUCCCUGAAUCACCGAGAUGGCUCAUCGCUCAUGACCGUUCAGAAGAAGCCAUUAAUAUCAUUGCAUAUCUUGAGGAUAAGGACACCAAUGAUGUUUUUGUCCAGCUUCAAAUGAGCCAGAUUCAAUAUAGCGUGGAAUAUGAGCGAGCCAACAGUGUGAGCUUUGGCGAUAUCUUACGUGGAAGAGCCCAUGAAAAGUCCGGGACAAAGACAAUCCGUCGCUUGGUCUUGGGCAUGGGAGCACAAGCGAUGCAACAGUUCACAGGAAUCAAUGUGACGUCUUACUAUUUACCGACAGUCCUAACCAAAUCGGUCGGGCUGAGUGAAGGCUUGGCUAGACUUCUCACGGCCUGCAACAGUGUCCAAUACCUUUGCUUCUCUAUGAUCGGCAUUCCAAAUGUCGAACGGUGGGGUCGACGCGUGCUUAUGAUGUUCGGUGCCGCGGGCAUGUGCUUCUGCUACAUUUUUAUUACGGCCCUAAUUCGAUACAAUGAGAUGCCUGAUUAUCCAAACAGGGAACGGGUGGCUUCUGCAUCAGUCGCAUUUUUCUUCUUAUACUAUGUCUUCUUUGGAAUUGGUAUGCAGGGUGUACCAUGGUUAUAUCCCACCGAGAUAAACUCCUUGACAAUGCGGACGAAGGGAGCAGCUCUGGGGGCAGCUACAAAUUGGAUCUUCAAUUUCAUGGUCGUCGAAAUCACUCCCAUCGGUAUACAAAACCUUGGAUGGAAGUUCUAUAUCAUCUGGAUCGUGCUGAACGCGGCAAUGGUUCCAACCGUUUACUUAUUCUACCCUGAGACAGCUGGCCGCACUUUGGAGGACAUGGACGAUUACUAUCGGGGCAAUCCUCCGCUCCUUGCAUGCCUUGAUAAGGAAGCGAUAUCUAGAAAGCGUCCUGAGAGAUAUAGAGCCCGUGAUGAGCACAUCAUACAUGCCAAAGACGGAGCCGAGGCGGCAGAACAUGUUGAAAGUAUGGGGAAUGUCAAAGCGUGA